AUGGAAAACGGCACAGUUUCCUUUUAUUUCAACCUCACCAUGUUUUUGAACGUCGGACAUUUCCGCUACCCAGCCUUCGUCUUUUGCCUCCUUGUGUAUGUCUUCAUCAACGUUGCUAAUCUUGUCAUAAUAUUUGUUAUAUCACGAGAGCGAGCCCUACAUGAGCCCAUGUAUAUAUUUAUCGCUUAUUUAUCUGUCAAUUCCAUCUAUGGAUCUGCUGGUUUCUUCCCCAGAUUUCUAAUAGACCUUCUUUCAGACACUCAUCUCAUCUCUCGUCCUGCUUGUUUCACUCAGAUCUAUAUUAUUUACACCUAUGCUUCCUAUGAACUGACCAUUCUGGGGAUUAUGGCAUAUGAUAGAUACAUAGCCGUGUGUCAUCCUUUACACUAUCAUGAGAAGAUGAUCUUUAAAACUGUUGUGACGCUGACAAUGUUGGCUUGGAUUUGUCCAGCUUUUUCCAUUUCAGUAUGUACAGGUUUAUCUAUUAGACUUCCCUUAUGUGGUAAUGAGGUGCAAAAAGUGUUUUGUGGCAACUGGAAUGUGGUGAAACUGUCAUGUGUUAACACUGACAUCAAUAAUGUGGUAGGAAUGUUUGUGACAAUAACUACAGUUUUCCUCCCUCUUUCUUUUGUCCUGUACACAUAUUUAAGAAUCGUAAUCAUCUGCUGGAAAAGCUCAUCAGAAUUUAAAGGCAAAGUAUUACACAGCUGUUUACCUCACGUCAUUUCAUUUGCCAUUUAUUCCAUUACGGCAUUUUGUGAUAUUGCUCUGAGUCGCUAUGAUCUUGAAAAGAUCAAUCCCAUAAUGGCUGUUAUUUUAUCUCUGGAGUUUGUUGUCAUUCCUCCUGUUCUGAAUCCACUUGUGUACGGUUUAAAGUUACCAGAGAUUAGGAGACAUAUUUCAAGAAUGUUAACAUGGAAUUGA